AUGGGAUGUACCAGACAGCAGAGAAAGUUUCUGCGAAGACGAAUCCAUGGAACCGAAGAACAGCAGUGGCGUGCCGUCUACGGUAUCCUGUUUCCUGAUGAGCUGAGCGAAGACAUGCCGUCUCCGUCCGUCCCGUUGAAUACCGAUGUCAGUGACAAGAAAGAGGAGAGUGUCAACAAUGCGCAGCAGCAGCACUUCCGCCUCCAGCUUCCGCACGUCCUGGACCGACGCUUCGUCGAGAACCCAACCAAUUCGGAAUCGGAAACUCCGAUAGCGGAUCCGACGACACGGAACCGACGCGGGGAGAACGGGGACGGGGCCACCGUCGACGUCGUACGGGGCGCCCAAAAGGAGCUGUACCGGAACUUCCGCCCCAUCCGACAACUAACCAUUGAGGACUUCUACGACUCUGCGCCGCUGUCACCUGGUGCCCCGGCCGACGAGACUGCAAGCCCGGUCCAGCCAGACGAGUCGAGAGAGCGGCAUCAUUCGCAUGACAGUUCUGACUUUGGGGUGCUGACCGAGUCGUCCAGGUCUGGGUCUAUUCAGUCAAGCGGGUUUGUGUACGCGUCUGAUGAGUUUUCUGUCAGUGAGGCAGAGGACAGGGGGACGUUUUUUCAGAGAUCUGGGGCGGAUCGUUGUUGA